AGAAGCUAUGCUAGAAGGAAAAAGAACUGUAUUGUUUAGGUCGGUAAACCUGAGGAAUGUGACCAGCGUAUAAUAGCUGCCGCUUUUCCAUCAAGGACUCGCCACAACAAUUGCUUCAACUGAAGUAUUUUUCACUUCUGAUGACAAAAUGAACAAAAAAGCAGAUGAAAGAGACUUCUGGAACUCUUAAGAGCGAUUGUUAAAGUUGGAGCAGAUGCCCCGAUGUCUCUUUCUUGUUCUCUGGAUUUCACCUCAAGCUAAUCUUCAGUCAUGACCAUCUUUUCCUCCAUGCUCAAGAUCAUCAGGAAGGGGAAGUGUCUGUUUCUGCUAUUGUUGUGUCUUUGCGUUGUAGCGUGGAUUGCAACAUUCUCUAAUGAUGGCCCAGUUAAGCCGGUCCAGGAAGGAUCGAGUCCUCUUGACGGUCAGCAUGCGGAGGGUUUUCAUCGGCUGGAGCUCGAGUCGGAGAUGGUCCAGAGCAUCGAGGAGCGUGUAGAGGAACCGCCUCCCAAGGAGAGCUGCCCCGAGAAUUCACCCCUGCUCCGAGGCUCUUUGAAGCUGACAUUCGAGCCUUCGCUGACGCUGGAGCAGGUAGAGAUUGAAAACGCAGAGGUCGUGGAGGGUCAGUAUAAACCCUCGGACUGUACGGCCAGACAGAGCGUGGCCAUCCUCAUCCCUCACAGAAACAGAGAGAAGCACCUGCUCUACCUCCUCUACCACCUUCACCCUUUCCUACAGAGACAGCAGCUCCAUUACGCCAUCUAUGUCAUUCACCAGGCCGGAGAUGCUACAUUUAACAGAGCAAAGUUAUUAAAUGUUGGCUACCUCGAGGCUCUGAAAGACUACAACUGGGACUGUUUUAUCUUCCAUGAUGUUGAUCUGGUUCCUGAGAAUGAUCAUAACUCAUACAUGUGCGCGAAACAGCCGAAGCACUUAGUGGUGGGGAGGAAUUCCACUGGGUACAAACUCCGAUACAAAGGAUACUUCGGGGGCGUCUCAGCCAUGACGAGGGACCAGUUCCACAAGGUGAACGGCUUUCCAAAUUCCUACUGGGGCUGGGGUGGAGAAGACGAUGACCUGAGGAUAAGGGUGCAACUACAGAAAAUGGCAAUAGUGCGGCCGUCACCUGAAGUGGCGCGCUACACCAUGGUCUUUCAUAACAGAGACAGCGGCAAUCAAGUCAAUAAAGACAGGAUGCAACUGUUACGCCGCACUCAUCAGACAUGGAAGAACGAUGGCUUAAACAGCUGUUCCUACAAGGUUCUAUCUGUCCACAGAGCACCGCUGUUCAUCAACGUCACGGUGGACAUUGGACAGCCCGAGCAAGCUCAUUGAGCCCUGUUUCUGGAUGGUGAAACUCAAGAGACAAUUUGCAUUGAAAUGCAGCAUUCACCAGUGCCUGUCGGAUCUCAUACCGGGUGUUCUUGCUCGACACAGAGUCGCACUAUGGGAUCUGUCCAUCCAAAUCUGUCAGUUAAGAUAGUAUGGCCAGAGCUCUGAUCAAAACACUACAUUUAAGUAUUACAGGAAUCAAGUAGAUUUAAACAGAAUGAUCAUGUGGAGCUUUCAGGUUUGGGAUUAACCCUUGUGGAUUGUUCAAACUGCAUUAUGCUUAGGAUGAAAACUUCAUCCACUAAAUUAAAAAUAUGUCAGAUUAUUAUUGUUAUUUUUUUUAAAUAUUAACCCUUUAGACGUGCCUCUGCAAAAAAAAAAGCUUUAUUUCUGGGUUUUAUAUGGAGUAUAACAGCACAUUGCAGUGGUCAUUUAAAAACCGUUAUCUUGUUUUUGUUUACUCCAUGUAGUUCUUAGAGCAGAGGUGCUUAUUUUGAUCUUCUCAGAUGUAUCGAGGUAAGUGCGCAAAGGUCUCUCUCGCUCGUACGCACACAUAAACACACACACACACACACACACACACACAUACACACACACACACACACACACACACACACACACACGACACUCCUUAAAACUCCAUUAAAAAGCCAGAAACUAUCCUUUUUUUUGCAUUGGAACUGAUGAUCAACAGUAAAAAUUACACAUUUGACCUCUUCCCAACAGGGAAAACUACAAAAAAUCAAGACUGCAUAAUUAUAUGGUAGGGCUGGGUGAUUAAUCAAAAAAUAAUCAACAUUUAGAACCUAUAAUCGUUCAAAUUUUUCCAGGUCAAAUAUUUAAAUUAAUUAUCCUAUCAUGUGUAGAGUCACGUGACCCCCGCUCUAUUAAGCCUGAAUUAUACUUAUUAUAUUAUGAUUUAUAGUUAUUAUAUUAUUAUGAUAUACUUCUGCCAAGGGCACGUGUACAGUCUGGCGCAGCCUUUGUAUAUAUGCACACCUCUCAAAAUUUUUUUACUUAAACGUCACAACGACGCGAAAUGCAAGCUUUGUGAUUGGUCUGAUUGGUAGCGGUGACGACGGUGGGCUGCGCAGAGAGCCGCGUUUUAGGCAAUGUGUGUUUCAAUUUCAGUUGAUCAACGUUGUUUUCAAUAAAUAAUCGGAGAUGGUGUGUGUUUACUUGAGUUAUUUUAAAAUCAAGUAAUGCACGCUUCAUUCAAAAAUCUCUCACUUGUUAUAUGUGAGCAUAUUUACUGUACAAAACUUGUCAGUGAACUAUGAGGGCAAAAAAAAUCAUCGUUUAUUAAUCGUAAUCGAAUUAAAAUGUUUAAUUAAUCGAGAUUUCGAUUUUAGGCCAAAUCGCCCAGCUCUAUUAUAUGGUGUCGUUGCUUUGCAAUCAAAAAAUGUAAUUUUAAUGGAAGUCAAUGGGGCAAAAACAGCCACUAACAUAACAAAAGAGUAGUAAAUUUGCCCAAAUUUGCUGGGUUUUUUAAUUUUUUUAAAGCGUUUUCCGAAAUUGUGUCAAAAUAAGAUGUCACCAAAAAUCAUUCCAUUCGCUGAAGCACAGAGAAAGUUGUGUCCAAAUUAUGACUCAAACUCAUCCCAGAGUGGAUGAAAACAUCACAAACAUAAUAUAAGGGUUAAAGAUGGAUCUCUAAUUAUGAAGUUAUACACUGUAUUCUGUUCUGCUUGUGUUCACGUUUAUACAUCACAGAAUAUGAUAAAACAUCUGGGAGCAAUGGCAAAUGGAUUUGUUAUUAUGUCGGUUAAAAUGUUGACGCGAGUCUGCAUGUUCUGCGAUUGUUGAUUCCCGCUGAACAUGCUUCUGAUAUUUGUUUGGUGAAAAUGAAUAUAUAUAUUAGCAGGUGUUUGGGUCCAGUGAUCAGAUUUAAAUCAGUUUCAUUUCAGUGAAAUGUAGUUUUAGAUGGGUUAAUUAUUGUACAUUGAGGCCCGAGCGGCUGUUCACUCAUAAAACUGGGUGGUGUUUACUUUUAAAGAGGAAAAGAAAGAAGUUUGUGUUUACCUGGACUUUAUAUGUAUAAUAAUAUUGUCCUUUCACAUUUUAAGGAUCACAGAGACCAAGUCAUGAUUAGAAUGUGUCAGGAUUUAAGAACGUCCAUCAAAUAAAGUACAUUACAGACUGGA